AUGCGGCUGCUGGCGAGAUGUAUGUUGGUGGUGCUCGUCUCUGCACUGCUGAUGUGCUCGGGGCUGGCGUGCGGACCCGGCAGGGGAUUUGGGAAGAGGCGGCACCCCAAAAAGCUGACCCCUUUAGCCUACAAGCAGUUUAUCCCCAACGUGGCUGAGAAGACCCUAGGGGCCAGUGGAAGAUAUGAAGGGAAGAUCUCGAGAAACUCCGAGCGAUUUAAGGAACUCACCCCCAAUUACAACCCCGACAUCAUAUUUAAGGAUGAAGAAAACACGGGAGCAGACCGGCUGAUGACUCAGAGGUGUAAGGACAAGCUGAAUGCCUUGGCCAUCUCGGUGAUGAACCAGUGGCCCGGUGUGAAGCUGCGGGUGACCGAGGGCUGGGACGAAGAUGGCCACCACUCAGAGGAGUCGCUGCACUACGAGGGCCGUGCGGUGGACAUCACCACGUCAGACCGCGACCGGAGCAAGUAUGGCAUGCUGGCACGCCUGGCCGUGGAGGCUGGCUUCGACUGGGUGUACUACGAGUCCAAAGCGCACAUCCACUGCUCCGUGAAAGCAGAGAAUUCGGUGGCGGCCAAGUCCGGCGGCUGCUUCCCGGGCUCGGCCACCGUGCACCUGGAGCAGGGCGGCACCAAGCUGGUGAAAGACCUGCGUCCCGGGGACCGCGUGCUGGCGGCCGACGACCAGGGCCGACUGCUCUACAGCGACUUCCUCACCUUCCUGGACCGCGACGAUGGUGCCAAGAAAGUCUUCUACGUGAUCGAGACGCGGGAGCCGCGCGAGCGCUUGCUGCUCACCGCCGCGCACCUGCUGUUCGUCGCGCCGCACAACGACUCGGCGGCCGGGGAGCCCGAGGCGCCGUCGGGCGCGGGGCCGCCACCGGGGGGCGCGCCAGGGCGCCGGGCGCUCUUCGCCAGCCGCGUGCGCCCGGGCCAGCGCGUCUACGUGGUGGCCGAGCGCGGCGGGGAUCGUCGGCUCUUGCCGGCCGCCGUGCACAGCGUGACGCUGCGUGAGGAGGCGACGGGCGCCUACGCGCCGCUCACGGCGCAGGGCACCAUCCUCAUCAACCGGGUGCUGGCGUCGUGCUACGCGGUCAUCGAGGAGCACGGCUGGGCGCAUCGGGCCUUCGCGCCCUUCCGCCUGGCGCACGCGCUCCUGGCCGUGCUGGCGCCCGCGCGCACGGACCGCGGCGGGGACGGCGACGGCGGGGGCGGCGGCCACCUGCCCCCGCGAGGUGGCAGCCCCCUCUCACUGCUCCCCCGCCCUCCCUGUUCCACGUCCGCCGCCCCUUGCCCAACUUUACAUUCAGAAUCCUCUCUCUCAUGGCCAAAAAAAGGGAGCCACGCCGUAGAGCAACCCAACCCAGGGCAUCAGGAUGUGCAGUCCGCUCCCAGCAGACGAGGUGUCCACUCCACCUUCAGGGUGGACGGUGUGAAGAGUUUGUGCGAAGUGUCCGCGGUGUUGCCGCCAGCCUCCCUCGUGACUAAAUGCAUAUCUAUUCCUGUCAAAAGCUGUAUCACAAUGUACUUGAAACUGUUAUCUUUGUGCUCUAUUGUUUGA